UGUCCCCGAUAGACGGCCGACUCCGUAGAGGAUGUAGGCCGCGUAUAAAAGGCGCUGGUAGGCGCUCGCAACGUCACUACCAGUGAGUGUCCACGCGCGAGAAUGGCGCGGAUUGUGUACAGCGCCUCUUUACUGCUCGUCCUGCUUGUUCACUCAGGAGCGUCCAUCAGAGUGAAGCGGCAGGAGGAUGUGAAGAAAGACGACAGUUUCGAGGUAGAGCUGUGCAAAGACAAGGACGCCGGCGAGUGGUUCCGGCUGGUGGCCGGAGAGGGCGACAACUGCAGAGACGUCAUCCAGUGCACGUCCUCGGGUCUGCAAGCUAUCCGUUGCCCGGCUGGUCUGUACUUCGACAUCGAGAAGCAGACUUGCGACUGGAAGGAUGCGGUCAAGAACUGUAAACUGAAGAACAAGGAGCGCAAAAUUAAGCCGCUGCUCUACACGGAUGAGCCUCUCUGCCAGGACGGCUUCCUGGCGUGCGGUGACGGAGCCUGUAUCGAGAGGGGCCUCUUCUGUAACGGCGAGAAGGACUGCACGGACGGCUCCGAUGAGAACACCUGCGACAAUGACAACGACCCGAACCGCGCGCCGCCCUGCGACCCCACCGUGUGCGUGCUGCCGGACUGCUUCUGCUCCGAGGACGGCACCGCCAUCCCGGGAGACCUGCCCGCCUCCGAGGUGCCCCAGAUGAUCACCGUCACCUUCGACGACGCCAUCAACAACAACAACAUCGAGCUCUACAAGGAGAUUUUCAACGGCAAGCGCAAGAACCCCAACGGCUGCGACAUGAAGGCUACUUUCUUCGUGUCGCACAAGUACACCAACUACUCGGCCGUGCAGGAGAUGCACCGCAAGGGUCACGAAAUCGCUGUACACUCUAUCACGCACAACGACGACGAGCAGUUCUGGAGCAACGCGACCGUGGACGACUGGGCCAAGGAGAUGGCGGGCACGCGCAUCAUCAUCGAGAAGUUCGCCAACCUCACAGACAACAGCGUGGUGGGCGUGCGCGCGCCCUACCUGCGCGUCGGCGGCAACAACCAGUUCACCAUGAUGGAGGAGCAGGCCUUCCUGUACGACUCGACCAUCACGGCGCCGCUGUCCAACCCGCCGCUGUGGCCGUACACCAUGUACUUCCGCAUGCCGCACCGCUGCCACGGCAAUCUGCAGCACUGCCCGACGCGCAGUCACGCCGUCUGGGAGAUGGUCAUGAACGAGCUGGACCGCCGCGAGGACCCGCAGUUCGACGAGUACCUGCCCGGCUGCGCUAUGGUCGACUCCUGCUCCAACAUCCUCACAGGUGACCAGUUCUACAACUUCCUGAACCACAACUUCAACCGCCACUACAACAAGAACAGGGCGCCCCUCGGCCUGUACUUCCACGCUGCGUGGCUGAAGAACAACCCCGAGUUCCUGGACGCGUUCCUCUACUGGAUCGACGAGAUCCUGGAGUCUCACAAGGACGUCUACUUCGUGACGAUGACGCAGGUGAUCCAGUGGAUCCAGAACCCGAGGACCAUCCAAGAGGUGAAGAACUUCGAGCCGUGGAGGGAGAAGUGCGUGGUCGAAGGCCGCCCCGCCUGCUGGGUGCCGCACUCGUGCAAGCUGACCAGCAAGGAGCUGCCCGGCGAGACCAUCAACCUGCAGACGUGCGUGCGCUGCCCCAACAACUACCCGUGGGUCAACGACCCCACCGGCGACGGCUUCUUCUAGGCCGCGCGCGGCCCCACCGACGCCGACGUCGACGCCGCCCAUCGUUCCUCGGCCGCUGGCGCCGCCGUGCACCUCCUGCCCCCGCCACGCCCGGCGCGCCAACGGCGAAUCGCAGACUCUCGCCGCCAUUCUUCAUCGUGUACUGCCUUCGCUGCUUGUACUCGGCGGAAGCGAACUCACAUCUCACUCAGUUGAAGUUCACUUUAAUAAACACGUGGUCCACUAGCAGUAAUACCCUCCUGUAUUUUGUUUUUGUUUUCGAGAGAAGGACACAGAGAAAAUGAACAGUGGUCCCGCCUACUCCUUACGUUCGGAAAGGUCGUGAUUGGCUCCAUUCUCUCUGGUAGGCCGCAAUCCACGCCGGAGCAGGGGACGGUGGAUUGCGUAUCAGCGAUCGUGAUGACUGGUCAGCGCCAUCUCGCUUGCCGAAUGUAACAUUCUGCUGCGCUUAUCAUCACACAGUUGUGCGAGCAGACGAUACGCAAAAAGAAUAAAUCGCUCACUUUUGGACAAAAGAAAAUGUAUGAAAAUAUGUAAUCUACUCAUUUGUUUGUUGUUACCUGAUUGUUCCAUUAUUUUCGUGAUGUACUUGUAUUUUAGACGUACGUACUGAAUAAAUUAAUUUCUACACCA